AUGUCUUCAUCUACGUCAUGUAUUAAAUGCUUCAUUUUAUCUCCAUUAAAAAUGCAAGUCAGAAAUAUUCAGAACAUAGCACCGAGUCUAACUGACAAGAGUAUAAAGAUAUACUAUGAACAUGUUAUGAUGAAACCAACCAAAAUUCAAGAAAGUCAGUAUACUUAUGAAUAUCCAAGACACUGGGUAGAGUAUGUAGGAGGUGAGAAAGCUAUUGAAAUCAGACAGGUUCGAAGUAUUCCAGCAGGAAGAACAAUAUUAUUGAAGAACUUUAAUGUUUUGAGAUAUAAUGAUGAAACAAAGAAGCAAGAUAGUUUCCCUGUUGCUGUGUAUGUGAACCUAGACACAGGAGAUGACAUGAAAGUUUUUAAUACAAAGCUUCAAACGGUAGUGAGAGAACAACUGACUGCGGAAGGGCAUCCAUUACCUUCAGAAGUUACCAUAGCAUAUAAUUUUGAAACAAAUGCAAUAGAUUUUAAAGUCAUCUCUGCAAAGAAGUCAGGUUUUACAUUUAAUGAAGCAGAUGUAUAUUCGAAUGAAAACUUCAAAGCUAUUGCAUGGUGA